AUUCGUGUGACGUUACGCUCCUAAAAUUACAAAAUUAUUCGAGUUUACCAAAAUUUCUUGAUAAUAAGUAUUGGAUCAAAUGGAUUUGCUGUGGUCAAAAGAAAGGUUGCAAAAGAUUUUUAGUAAAGAUUCUAUUCAACUAACCACAGCGCAUGCGUCAGGCGAUGCCCGCAUUCCAAUACGUUGCUGUCAUCUAUGUGGAGGAGAUGUUAAUUUACACUGCUUUUGUGACACUUACGUGUGGGAAGGGGUGGAAGGGCGUUAUGAUCAACUAUUGUAUGACUGCUUUGGAGUUCGGGUUCUUCAAACAGAUGACAUGAUAUGCGAGCGCUGUAUACGUCAACUUCGUAAUACUCAGCGUUUUCGAGCCCUCGUGCAAGCCGCCUUUGCAAAACCGCCCAGUGAAUUUUCAACGAAUCAAUCACACCUGGGCAUCGGCGAAGGCUUUGCGCGUCCAAAAAAUAGGAACGUACCGAAAUCUCCAAUCGUGGAAUUGUACAAAAAGUUGACUAAGAGUACCAUGGUAAAUCCGCCGAAGAAGCGAAAGUUAAUUGAACGUAAAUCGAUUAUGAACUCUAAUGUUCAAGUCAAAAGGAUGAAUAUCGCAUGUACUGUGUGUAAACAGAGGUACCCAAUGUUGGUACCAUUUGAAGGGUGGAAAAAGUUCAUAUGCUCACGAUGUAAGAAGAAUUGCGAGCCGCGUAGAAUAUUUUGUAGGAAGUGUAAUACGAUGGUUCCUACGAAUACGAUGCGAGAACAUCUUGAACUGCACGUGAAAUCUGACUUAAAAUCGAAGAACAGGCAAGAAUUUCCUAGAUCACUUAAGUAG